AUGAGAACUCUGUUUAUAUUGGCAGCAUUCGUUGUAAACGGUCAGUUUCCCUAGUUAUUAUCGAUUUAUUGAUUGACCUUAUCAUUUUUCAGAUGUCUUGUCUCAAGCUCAGGCGCCCCCAUUUGAUGACAGUCAUGUUAAGAAUGCAGAAACAUAUAAUGAUUUGAUGUACAAUCCUGCCAAAGAUAUUCCAUUACAGGAUACAAAUUAUCGUGAUAUUGCUGGCUUGAAAUACCCGGAAAUUAUCGUAUGUUGAGAAAAAUUCGAAAACCACAAACGAAACGUAUCUUUUUUUUUGCAGACUUUGAAUGGUAAUGAUGAACAUCACAUUUUUGUUGGAGACAAACAUAAUGCGGCUGUUUUGCAAGUCGCUCAGAAGAAAAGAUGA